GUUCGCGUUUCUCGUUACAGAAAAACAGUUUAAACAGAAGUCGACAAGAGGGUUCCCCAAUACAUAAUGCUCACAAGCCAGUAUUUCUCAUCUCGUCCCAUCCUCCAACUCCCCAUCACUGCACAUAUCGCCAUCGCGCUGAACACGAAACCGAUCAUAGAGAACAUGAACCGAUACGUCGAAGUGAGCCUCAGCUGGCUCCUGCAUAGCUCCCGCGGCCAUGAAGCCAAGUGUUUCCACAAAUCCCCUGCCUUCGCCUCCCACGCCGACCAGAUCAUCACCGUCACGUCCCCGGACUGCGGCCCGUCCCCCGCAACCCUGGGCCCGGAGUACAUCACCGAGGGAGGCGGCCGGAUUCCCGCACUCUCGUGGACGGCGCCGUUGGAUAUAGCAUCGAGGGUGAAGGAGUGGCUCAUCGUUGUCGAGGACCCGGACGCACCCUUGCCGACGCCAAUCUGCCACGGCGUCUAUGGCGGAAUCGCCCCGGAGACAAAACAAGUUAACCCCAGGGACUUCGAGAUCGAGGAUGAGAGCCGGUCCCUCCUGAGGGGGGGCUUCUACUGGGGCAAGGGGAGGCGGGAAGGCGUUUACACCCCGCCGCGGCCGCUGCUGAACCACGGCACCCACAGAUAUCUCUUCCAGGUCGUGGCGCUGAGCGAGCCCCUGGACAGGAAGAUGCUGGAGUCCCGCGCCACGAGGGAGCAGGCUGCCGAAGCCGUCAAGGGCAAGGUGCUUGGCUGGGGCGUGUGGAUCGGGACCUGCGAAAGAAAGUGGACUUGAGACCAGACAGUCUCUUCCAGGCAAGUCUACCGGCCUGAAGAUGUCGUCAAGAAGCCACCAAGAACAACUCAUCCUAAUUCGUGAGGGAAGGGGGCUGGCUCAGCCCAACGACCACUAUGGUCCUUGGACCUCCUGCAGAAACAUCCGCUUGAAAGAGGCGCGCUCGUCGGGAAAUCUAAGCUUUGAAACUACUAAGCAAGGGAGGAGCCAGGCUUCCAGCGAGCCUGUCUGUUUCUGGCAGACCUCUACAUUGGGUUCCAGGGGGGCAAUUGUGAAUCGGCUGCGGCAAUCCUUACAGGCUGGGGAACGUUUUUAAUUACGGCGCCCUGGAGAAGAAAAAAGGCUGUUCACUCGAGAGUAGGACUGUAUAUGUUUCAAAAAAAGGGCUGGGUUUGACGUGAAAUUGAAGGUGAGGCAUCGGGACAUGCUUCCUAGGGUUUCACUUCUGUUCAGGGGAAGCAUACUGUACACCUUAUCAGGGACUGAGUGAUUUAGUGCGCAGUUGCUUGAGAAAAGGAGGGCUCUGGUAGGUUUGAAUGACCCUUGAAAGCAUUGCUUCCAAUUGGCGUAUUAAAGUAUUGCCAUUAUAUGUUACCUACUCAAUCUGUUCGUGCGAGAACACGAAGGCAAACAUCUACUAGAGUCCCCUCCCCCUUCUCCCAUCCUUCUCGACCUCCUCCAUCCAAAAAGAGGCAAAGGGAAGGAAAGCUCGAUGUGAAAACGCCAGAGAAUGCGCCGGCUCUGCCCAUGAACCAAAAGAAGGACUUCGCUCCAUCUUCUACUUACUGAACACCCCCCCUCCCCUACGAAAGCCCAAGGAAAUUCGGCUCCCCUCCGCCGCCAGCCGUCCAGUCGAAGUCGUCCAUCAGCAUCGACCAGUCGAUGUCCUGCAACAGAUCGCUCGUCGGCACCGCACUGCCCGCAUCCGCGGCCCCCGCCGCCGCUACCACAAGGUCAGCAACGUUUACACCGGACCCGCGCGCCCUGCACUCACGCAUCGACGCAGCCGGCGUCCCUCCCGCCACCGCUCC